UAUUUGUUUUAAAACUGUGGGGUUUGUUUUGACAUCAACAGCCACAACAUUAUAAACUAAAUUCGAUUGUUUUACUAAUCACAAUCGGUUGUAAUUAAAAAAAUUUAUCGAUCCACACUAAUAGAUACGUUCUGAACGAUGAAUCGAAAGAAGAAUUUGAAUCCAGUGUUUCAUUUACAAAACAAAAAGGAGGAUGAAGGUCAACUCUCCAAAGGGAUGAUAAAAAUUGCCCGUAAAUCUGGAUGUCUGAAUUUGUCUGGCCGAGCACUAGCUUCCGUUCCACCGAAAGUCUGGCAUAUUAACGAACCAGACAAGGAGGAUUUGGAUGUAAACUUUGCAAAAGAGGACAAAAGUGAAGAGAAUGAAUGGUGGAAUCAGAAAACUUUGAGCAAUCUGGAUUUGAGUUCGAAUGUGAUAACGUCGAUCAGCACUGAAAUCGGAUGCUUACAGGAUCUCGAAAUAUUAAAUCUUCGAGACAAUGCGCUGCAGUCCUUACCGAAUGAAAUAGGCCAGUUGCGAAAGUUGAUUAAAAUCAAUCUGAGUCACAACAAACUAACAAAACUACCGAAAGCCUUUUUCGAUUUGGUUGAUCUACGAAAACUCACUAUGUCGCAUAAUCAAUUUUCAGAAAUGGAGCCCGAAUUGAAUAAUCUAUUGAUGUUGGAAGAGCUGGAUUUAUCGCAUAACGAAUUAACGUCGAUACCCGAGGGAAUCGGAUUUUUAGUGAGAAUCAGUAAGCUGUCAUUGUCUCACAACAAAUUAAAAACGCUACCGGAUGACAUUGUUAACAUACGAAGGUUAAAUACACUUGAUGUUAUGAACAACGACUUGGAACAAUUGCCUUCGCAAAUGGGGGAAUUAAGAAAAUUGGAAUUUCUUUACGCGCAACACAACGACAUUGUUGAACUACCCGUUUGUAAUGGAUGUGAGUCUUUGAAGGAAAUUCACAUUUCCAAUAAUUUUAUAAAGGAAAUUCCACCCGAUUUCUGUCAAAACCUUCCUCAGUUAAAGGUGUUGGAUCUGAGAGAUAACAAAAUUGAGAAAUUGUGCAGCGAAAUUGCGUACCUACAAAGUAUAAUGCGAUUGGAUUUGUCGAACAAUUCAAUUAACAGCCUUCCCAGCUCAUUAUCAACACUAUCCCACUUAGUAAGUCUACAGCUGGAUGGUAAUCCUAUUAGAUCGAUUCGACGAGACAUCAUUCAGGGCGGAACGAUACGAAUACUCAAACUUCUACGCGAUCGUUUUUCGCAGGAAGAACAUGCCGAUGAAGUGAAAAGUAGUGUGCCGACAAUAGGAGCGGAAAAUAAGACCUUUCCGGACAGGUUCCAAAUGAGAAAAGCCAGAUCACUGGCCAUUAGUGGAAAGGACUUGAAAGAUAUUCCUGAUUCUGUGUUUUUGACCGCCCAAGAAGAAUCGAUCGAUAAAGUUGACCUGAGCAAAAAUAAAUUACCUUCGUUCCCUGAUGGACUCUCCUACUUGGAAGCUUUUCUGUCAGAGAUCGAUAUGAGCAACAACUGCAUAUCAUCCGUUCCGACAUUUAUGUCACAAUUUACGAGAAUAUCCUACUGUAAUGUGGCCAAUAAUUCCAUAUCCGAUUUACCGAAAGAGUUUGGUUUACUCGACACUUUGCGCGAACUAAACAUAUCAUACAAUAAACUCACUAAGAUACCUGAUUGCGUGUACGAACUUCGUUCACUUGAAAUUUUGCUGGCCAGAGAUAAUAAAAUUGAAAAAAUUGAUGUUAGUGCCACUGGUCUUGCCGCUGUACCCAAACUUGCAACGUUAGAUUUGGCUAACAACAAUAUUGAUCAUGUGCCGCCGGAAUUGGGAUUGUUGAAGAAAAUACUGGUCCUCGAAAUCGGUGGCAACAAAUUUCGUCAACCUCGGCAGCAGAUACUGGAAAAGGGAACGGAUUCAAUCAUGUCCUACUUAAGAGACCGAAUACCCCAGUGAAAGAGAUCGAUGCUUUUGUUGUUUCAGACUAAUAAAAUUUAAUAUUUUCCGUUGA